AAUGUACGGAAGCCCGGUCACGACAUGAACAAGUUGCAGAGUUACCGUGCACACAACGAGUUGGCGUGCGAGUUACCGUGCGAGUUGUCGUGCAUGCGUUAUGUUGAUGCGUUCACGAACGCGGAACUUAACCUAUAAUCAAACUAAAGUAAACAAAACGCCACACACGAUUGAGUAAAUAAAUAAAAUACUUAAUGCUAAGUAGUAUCUGUAAAGUCGACAGUAAUGUUAUGAUUUAAUAAAAUCGUAUACAUAUAGUGUAUAAACGACUACAAUUAAAUGGUAUAUGUUCGUUGUAUUUUUAUAUUUAUGAAGCAUAUUGGAAAAUUGUUGUUCUGCUUGUAAAAAGUUUGUUAACCUGUCUAUUUUAUGGUUUUUCUACAAAAUGGAAUCUGUUUCAAUAGAAGAUGUUAUAAAAAAAUAUUUCCAUGAAUGCUAUAGUUACACAGAAAUUUAAAAAAUUCUGGAAACACAUGGAUUAUUUAUGUCUUAUAGACAACUACAAAGAGUUUUAAAAAAUCUGGGCUUAAGAAGAAAAAACAAGGAAGAGAAUUUAGAUGAUAUAAUUAUUUGUAUUUUAAGCGAACUAGAAAGUAGUGGAAGCUGCCUUGGGUAUAAAUCCUUGUGGCACAGACUAAAAACUUUACAUGGCUUAGAUGUUAAGAGACAGACAGUGCUUGAUAUCUUACGUAUUGUUGAUCAAGAAGGCAUUGUACACCGAUCAAAAUAUAGGCUCAAAAGAAGGACGUACAAUGUGCCAGGUCCAAAUUUUAUCUGGCACAUCGAUGGUUAUGAUAAAUUAAAGCCCUUUGACUUUGCGAUACAUGGUUGUAUUGAUGGCUUUUCGAGAAAAGUUAUGUGGCUAGAAUUGGCCACAUCUAAUAACAAACCUGAAAUAAUUUGUUAUUACUACUUAAAGGCAGCUCAGAAGUUUAAACAAAUUCCUGCAAUAAUUAGAUCAGAUCAUGGAACAGAGAAUUCCACUGUCGAAAUUGUGCAUCAAGCUCUUAGAUCUGGACACAGUGAUCCGUACGCAGGUUUACAUAGCUUUAUCAAGGGUAAAAGCACUGCUAAUCAACGCGUGGAAAGUUCCUGGGGAAGGAUGAGACGUCAUUCAGUAGAAUUUUGGAUCAAUUUUUUUAAGGAUAUGGUCGAGUGUCGUGAUUUCGAUAGGUCUAAUAAGAUACAGGUUGAAUGCCUAAGAUUUUGUUUCGCACCGUUGAUAAAGUUUGAUCUAGAACAAACUAGAAAGGGAUGGAAUCGACAUAAUAUACGUAAACAAAAAUGUGAUAACGUUAAGAGUGGAAAACCGAAUUUCAUGUAUUACGUUCCAAAUGCAGUUCAAUGUGCAAAUUGGGGUCAAGAAGUAAAAAAAGAGCACAUUGAAAAUGCAAUUAGAGAAUUUACAGAAACACCGACAUAUUGUAAUUCAGAUUUUGUGAAACUAGUAAAUGACAUAUUUCCAGGUUUAUCAACACCGGCCAAUGUAGAAGAAGCUACAAUUUUGUAUCAUCAAAUCCUAAAUGAAAUUAAUCAAUAUAAUGAUAAUGACGAUAUACUUUAAUGUAACAAUCCAACUAGCGAUAUUGUGUACUAUAUUUGUAAUAAAUAAAAUAAAAUUAUUUUUAUUUGUAUUAA